UGCUCUACCGGCAGCCCAGCCUGGUGGCAAUCCUCCCUGCUCAGACACUGGCAUUAGCUUUCCGUCGUCUGCCAAGGAUAAAUGCACUGCGCUCCUCCUAGCUUCAGCUGCAAUCACGAGGAACGUUUAGUAACGGGGAAAGGAUACCCUUUCGAGCGACACUUGGUAACGACGAAGGACGGAUACAUAAUCGAAAUGCAUCGAAUUCCACACGGCAGAAAACCCUGUCAAGAACUCUGCCAUCGUACUCCAGUCUUCUUGAUGACUGGACUAAUGGCGGAUUCAACGACGUUCGUUUUGGAUUUCCCUGAACAAUCGUUGGGGUUUGUCCUCCCUGACAACGGUUAUGACCUGUGGCUCGGUAACACAAGGGGGACAGCAUUUGGCAGACGUCAUAAGAUAAUUGGUGCACGCUCACGGGACUUCUGGAAUUUCAGCUUUCACGAGCAUGCCAUAUAUGACGCCACUGCGGAGAUCGAUUAUAUCCUGGAAAACAGAAAAGCCGAAAGUCUGCUAUACGUUGGGCUAUCUCAAGGGACCCUCAUGUUCUUCACGCUGCUCUCCGAGAAUCCCAGUUACAACAAGAAGAUAAGAGCCUUCGCUGGCCUCGCACCCUUUCGAAAGUUGGCCCACAUUAGAGUUGCCGGUCUGAAUGUGAUCAAGCCCUACAUGAGAAGAUUCCUAGUGGGCUUCGAACACGCGGGCGUCCUCGAGCUCGGACACAACAGGUAUCCGGGAAUGAAGGCGGUGCGUACUAUAUGCGCACUGCCUUUCAGACGCGUCUGUGCUGUAACAGCUGAUACGUUCGGGAAUUUGGGCAGCAAGUACAUGAACAUAUCCAGAUUCCCAGUGUACUUGUGCUAUCUUCCAUCGGGGACAUCGGUUAAGAACUUAAUGCAUUACGAACAGUUAGUAGCGGGUAAGAAAGCCCAGAAAUUCGAUUAUGGUGCUGAAACCAAUAUGGACGUCUAUGGGCAGGAGGAGCCACCGGAAUAUAAUUUGGACAACGUGAAGACAGAUGUGGGAUUAUUCUGGAGCAAGGGAGAUCAGUUCAUACCUCCUGAAGACGUCGAAGAACUGGUUGCUGAUCUUGGUGAACGAGUCAAGAAAGCCGUCUUCAUUGACGAUACUUUCUAUACUCAUGCCGAUUUCGCCGUUGCACUCAACAAUCCCACAGUCCUUUAUGGCGAGUUGCUGGAGUUUCUCGGAAGGUACAUCUCUUAAGGACUCAAUAAAGCAGGAAUGUUAACGGUGCCGUAGAAA